AUGUUGUCCGCUAGAUUGACAAGUUCUAGAUUGACUGCUAACGCCACCAGAGUCAACACGUUGUUGAGGUUCUACGCUACCAGAACUGAAACAGAUGCCUUUGGACCAAUUGAGGUUCCAACCGACAAGUACUACGGUGCUCAAACUGCUAGGUCCAAGCAUAAUUUCAAGAUUGGUGGUGAUGCCGCAAGAAUGCCAAUCCCUGUAGUUAGAGCGUUCGGUAUUUUAAAGAAGUCUGCUGCUAUUGUGAACGAGCAAAUCGCUGGUUUAGACCCAAAGAUCUCUGGAGCCAUUCAACAAGCAGCUACUGAAGUAGCCGAGGGUAAAUUAGAUGACCACUUCCCGUUGGUUGUUUUCCAAACCGGGUCUGGUACUCAGUCUAACAUGAAUGCCAAUGAAGUCAUCUCCAACAGAGCCAUUGAAAUCUUGGGUGGGGAAUUAGGUUCAAAGAAGCCAGUUCAUCCUAACGAUCACUGUAACAUGUCACAGUCCUCGAACGACACCUUCCCUACUGUCAUGCACAUCGCUGCCGUCACUGAAAUCACCCUGCACUUGUUACCUGAGUUGACCAAGUUGAGAGAUGCGUUACAAGUGAAGGCCGACGAAUUUGCUGACAUCAUUAAAAUUGGUAGAACUCAUUUACAAGAUGCCACCCCAUUGACUUUGGGACAAGAAUUUUCCGGAUACGUUCAACAAUUGACCAACGGCAUUGAAAGAGUUGAGAAGACUUUACCAAACUUGUUGCACUUGGCUCAAGGUGGUACUGCUGUUGGUACUGGUUUAAACACCAAGAUUGGCUGGGACGUCAAGAUUGCUGAAAAGGUUGCUGAGUUGACUGGUUUACCAUUCACCACUGCUCCAAAUAAGUUUGAAGCAUUGGCCGCUCACGAUGCUAUAGUGGAAGCAUCUGGUGCUCUUAACACUGUUGCCGUUUCUCUUUACAAGAUUGCUAACGAUAUCAGAUACUUAGGUUCAGGUCCAAGAUGUGGAUAUGGAGAAUUAUCACUCCCAGAAAAUGAACCAGGUUCUUCUAUCAUGCCUGGUAAGGUCAACCCAACUCAAAACGAAGCCUUGACUAUGGUUGCCACCCAAGUUUUCGGUAACAACCUGGCCAUCACCUUCGCAGGUGCCUCAGGACAGUUUGAGUUAAACGUCUUCAAACCAGUUUUGAUCUCUAACUUGUUAUCUUCCAUCAGAUUGAUUGCUGAUGGUGCUGCUUCCUUCAGAGAACACUGUGUUGAGGGAAUUGUUGCCAACACAGAAAAGAUUGAAAAGACCCUUCACGAAUCUUUGAUGCUUGUCACUGCCUUGAACCCAAAGAUUGGUUACGAUAAUGCUUCUAAGACAGCCAAAAAUGCUCACAAGAAGGGCUUAACUUUGAAGCAAUCCGCAUUAGAAUUGGAUAUGCUUUCCGAAGCUGAGUUUGACGAAUGGGUUAGACCAGAGAAGAUGAUUGGACCCAAAUAG